UGUUAUGAUAAGUGUGGAGUGUCCUUCCCACCCCCAGAAGCUUACAUCUCACUCCCAAGGGCCCUGCAAGCAGGCCAUGGUAAUAUAUAUCCCAGAAUAUACCCCCUACUUGUAUAUUGCCUCCUUCCCUACCACACUCUUGUUUCGCACCGUAUCCCACUUAAUAACCUUCCAGAUUACGACCACCGCGUACGCCUUGUGCUCUAAAGGUGGCUCUGCCGGCGGGGGUGUGAAGCGUGGCAGGAAGCUCUCUUUGCAGGGGCGAGGGGAACAUCGCUUUGUCGCUGUAGUAAUUCGUACCGUAUCGAGGUCGAUUUCGAUCGUAAUUAUUGCAUUGCUACCAUAUGUCACGAUAUGGUG